GUUUUAUAUCAAAUUUAAACAGGAGAACACCCGCAUAUAGUUCAUACAGCAAUUUUUGUAAUUUUAUUUAUAUACACCCUGCGAGUAUAACCCUUUACAUUUCCUUGCGUUUCUACGGUACUUGAAUGCAGCCUUGUAAUCUCGCCAUCUGUAUUCUUCACCAGGCGUCUCCGCGGCCAUGGUAACACCCCAUAGUGGACCUCCGAUUCAAAAGGACUCCAUAAACAUAUGCUUUUAACGCAGCUGUCAUGCACAUGAACCAUGAAUCUGUCUGAAAUCGACGACAAUGCAAAAAAGGGUCGUGAGUAUGCAUUGCUGGGAAACUACGACUCAUCCAGCGUGUAUUAUCAGGGCGUGCUGCAACAGAUCAACAAACACUGCCAGACCCUUAAGGACCCGGCGCUGAAAGUCCGAUGGCACCAGGUGAAACAGGAGCUGACAGAAGAGUGGGAGCAAAUUAAGAGUAUCGUGGCUGUGCUCGAAGCCUUCAAGACUGAGAGGCCGGUGACCGUACCUGUUCCUCAGUCGGGGGGAAGCACCGAGGACCCGGCAGCGUGGCCGCCUCCCACGCCUGCGGAACACAGGAAUCCCGUCGUAGUGAAGCGUCCCAGCAGCGGAGUGAAGCAGCAGAAGAAAGAGUCGCCUGCUCUGUAUCAUCGAGGGGAAGGACAAGAAGGUCGCGGGCAUUUCAAAUCUAGAGGGCCAGGAGCCAGAGACGCCCGUAACAUGAAAUCUCACGAUGAGGGAAAGAAAGGUGAAAAAGAGCACAAAAAGUUUGACGGUGCGGGACACGACAGCGAACUAGUGGAGUCACUCGAGCGAGACAUUGUGUCCCGCAACCUGAAUGUACACUGGAAUGACAUUGCCGACCUGGAGGACGCUAAGAAAUUGCUAAGAGAAGCUGUGGUGCUGCCCAUGUGGAUGCCUGACUUCUUCAAGGGCAUUCGACGGCCCUGGAAGGGCGUGCUAAUGGUUGGCCCGCCGGGUACAGGCAAGACCAUGUUAGCCAAAGCCGUGGCAACAGAAUGCGGGAUGACUUUCUUCAACAUGUCCUCGUCCACACUUACCUCCAAAUACAGAGGGGAGUCGGAGAAGCUCGUCCGUCUGCUCUUUGAAAUGGCCCGCUUUUACGCGCCAACAACCAUCUUCAUAGAUGAGAUUGACUCCAUCUGUAGCAGAAGAGGAACGUCCAAUGAACACGAAGCCAGUCGCAGAGUCAAAUCUGAGCUUCUGAUUCAAAUGGAUGGCGUGGGUGGUGCCCAGGACAAUGACGACCCUUCCAAGAUGGUCAUGGUCCUCGCCGCAACCAACUUCCCAUGGGAUCUCGAUGAGGCAUUGCGCCGACGUCUGGAGAAGCGAAUCUACAUCCCUCUGCCGACAGCUGUGGGUCGCGUGGCGCUUCUGAAGAUCAAUUUGCGGGAGGUGGAGUUAGCUGCAGACGUGAACCUGGACCUUAUUGCAGAGAAAACCGAAGGCUACUCGGGAGCAGACAUCACCAACGUCUGCAGGGAUGCGUCCAUGAUGGCCAUGCGGCGGCGAAUCCAAGGCCUCAGCCCCGAGGAGAUCCGAGCCCUUUCCAAAGAAGAGCUGCAAAUGCCUGUGAUGAUGGAGGACUUCACGCUCACACUCAAGAAGAUCUCCAAGUCUGUCUCCGCCGCAGACCUGGAAAGAUACAAAGCCUGGAUGUCUGAAUUUGGUUCGGGGUGAAGGACUUUUUGUGGUUAACUAACCUCUAAUCCUGAUGUUGAGUAUGCAAAUGAUGAACGAAAGUUUUUUGAAGCAUAUUCAACUGCUUCUGUUGUCACCUAGGGAUGUCUUUAAAAAUAUUGGAAGAAAGCAGGCCAACCAACGUUUACACUGUUUCCGUGUCGCUGUUCUGUAUAAAGCUCACCGACACUGAAUUGCAAUGUCCCUCUUGAGGUUGUGGCACAGCUUUAACACUCGCUGUGUGUCAGGGAACCCUCAAAGCCAGGACCUGGGUGUAAAAUUUUAGUUAUUUAUGCUUGUGUUUUACAUCCAACUUCUCUUGUGCUCUAGGAACUUUUAAUCUGCUGAAAUACAAUAAAUGAAUUUAUGGCCUUGGUUA